AUUAGCCCAGGGGGCCAGGCCCAUACGCUAACAGAGGAGGAGGGCAGCUCCAUUGCUAAGGUACUUGAGUGGUUUGGAAGGGUUUCCAAAGACAGCAGCAAAGUGAAGGAAAGACCUGGCUCUCCGGAGGAGGACAAAGACAACAAAGAUGUCCCUGAGGGACCUGAUACUUUAGAUACAGAAAAUAUGUCCCCCACACAAGAAGAGAUAAAGGCAAAGCCAUCACCAAAGCCCCGGAGAGGGCUGCUUGCAUUGUUUUCGAGAGCAGAAACGAAAGCUGACAGUCCUGAAACUUUGCUAACUAAAGAAGAUGUGGUGCACCACCCUGAUGACAAAAAAGACAACAUCAUUUCUGAAAGCCUGAAAGCUCCUCACAUACCCACAAACCCUGAAGUUGAUGACAUUUCCGAUGUGCAAAGUUCUUCUAAACUGAAUGUUGUAACAGAAGAACAUGAGGCAAGUGUACUUCUUUCUAAAACAGAAGACAGUGGUGCUUUAGAUGAUGUAGAUGAUGAUAACACCCCACAGAAAGAGAGUGUGGACCAUGGUGAAAGAUCACCAAGUCGACUUGCAAGCCUGAAAUCUUUCUGGGAGCGAGGGAACAAAGGACCGAAAAUACUCAGCAUCAAAAAAAGUGCAGAUACAAAUCAAGGUGAGAUGCCUAAACUAAGUGAGGAGGAAAACAAAGACAUGGAUCCAAAGUUGCCAGGGAUUAACGUCAACCCAUUCAAAGCAAACACAUCUUUUGGUAGCAGUGAAUGUCCAGAAGAUAAGAGUUCUCAUGAAAGAAUCGGAGAUGGUGCUGAUGCUUCUGUUCCUUCUUAUGAGGAGAAAUCCUUAACUUUUGAUAUUAAUCAGAUAACUCAGGAGCCGGAGGAGCAUGGACUUCAAACUGAGAUCAGCUCUGAGGAGCCACAGAGUUCACCAGUUAAACAGAAAGAACAAGAAGAUGAAAUUCCUCAUCCGGUGCCACUAGUCAGAAAGCUUCUCACUCAGCAAGAUAUUGAGCCUGCCACCAUCAGCAAUCUCAAGUCCUUCUGGGAGAAAGAAGCAAGUGGCCCUAAGAUAACUGUCAGCACUCCUGAGUCACCAGAUGUUCAGGAUGCAGCAUCUCUGAAAAAACAUUCUAAAAAAAUCAGUGAGUCUUCUCUGGAAGUGGGUUCCACCAGCCUGGAUCCAGUGGUAGGCCCUGAAAGACGGAAGUCCUCUCUGACCAGAGAGGCUGGAAUGAUCAUGCUCUCAUUGAAAGAGAAGAUAGAAAAGAGUCAACGGAAGCAAAGUCCUAGCAAAGUCCCUGUGAAAAGUCCUCAAGAUGAUACUGACAGGAUAUCCCACAGCACUCACCACAUUUCUCCACUCAAAACACUAAAGGCUGUUUCAGAUAAAGGCCAGAAGCGCAGUCCGAGAUCAUCCCCCAUUAGAAAUAUUAGCUCAGGUGUUCUGGAUCAUGACCACCAGUCUGGAGAUGAUAACCUAACAGCAGUCCUGACUCAGACCAGAACACCUAGCCCAAGACACCAACCUAAGGUGACACCAAGAGAUUCAUUUCCAGUCAAAGAGUCUAGAAAGAAUGGGUCACCAUUGAGAGCCUUUAUUAUAGAUGUCAAUCCAACUGAGGAGGUUUCAGCAGAAUGUCUGGAACACACAUCCCUAAACAGGGAUCAAAUAGGAUAUCCAGCAGGACAGUCACACACAGACAAAUCAAGUCCUAUCAGUGAUGAAAAGGAUCUUGCUGAGCAAAAUCUGAAGGUUACACCUCAACAGUCUCCUCCAUCGUCUCCUGGGAGGUUCCAGUCUUCUGGAAGAAUCAGCAUAGGUAAUAUUGGUGGAAUACAGAUAAGUCCUGUCCAUUCCUCACCUAGUUCUCAAGGUCAAACCUCAGCCUGUUUGACCUCACCUGAACACCGCAGAAAGACAUCAGAUGAAGGUUCAGAUGGAAGUCCAAUAAUGCUCAAAGAACGAAAGCGCUUGGAUGAUUUCCAGCCAAAUAUACGUCUAGCCAGGUCAUAUAUUCCUCUGAGUUAUCAGCAUUACCUGGGCCUACCUGAGUCCACUCACAAAUCUGGAUGCUCUGACCAGCCAAUCAGGCAGGAGUGGAUCAGAGUAGAGGUGGGGGAGGGUUCUGAACAGGUUUCCCAGGGCAGGGCGAGUAACGAGAGCUCGCCCUCUCGAUGCUCCCAGCCUGAGUCGGAGGAGAUUACCUUUGACUCCUCCAGGAGUGCCUCACCUGAUGCCUGGUCUCAGUCUCGGACAAGUUCAGUCUGUGGCAGUGUGGAACCCAGCCCUGUAAGAACAGCUCUGAAGCAAGCAAAUGUCAGGCCCAUUUCAAUAUCCAAGAGCUUAGAGAACCUGGCAAGUCUGCCCUCACGAGAAGAAAGGUGGAAAAAUGAGCCAAGGACUGACAUAACACUGAGUGUAGAAGAUGUGUCUGCAGCCCCCCUCGCCCCCAGCUCCUCUCUCUCAGACCCAGAGCAGAUGAAGAUGCUGAGUGUGUCUGUGCCGGCCUUCAUACAGCAGCAGAGAAACGGCCGAGGAAGCGACUGUACCUCGGUGAACAGUUUCUACUCUGAAAGACAGAGGAAAGACAGCACAAACACUUACCUUAGCACAUCCUCUGGCCGCGCCUCCUUGUCUUCUGUCAGUGGCAGUGUGAUGAGCAUUUACAGCACUGACUUUGGCAACGUGGAGGUCAAAGGGACCAUCCAGUUCGCCAUUAACUACGUGCCAAAGCUAGGAGAGUUCCACAUCUUCAUAGCUCAGUGCAGAGAUCUGGCAGCGGCGGAGCCCAAGAGGAACCGAUCUGACCCGUAUGUUAAAUGCUACCUUUUACCAGACAAAGCAAGGCUGGGGAAGAGAAAAACCACAGUGAAGAAGAAGACUCUGAAUCCUGCUUACAAUGAAAUCUUACGGUAUAAAAUACCAUUAGAGAACCUGAAAGCCCACACUUUAAACCUCUCUGUGUGGCAUAAUGACACGUUUGGGCGGAACAGUUUUCUUGGGGAGGUGGAUGUGGAUCUGUCAGAGUGGGACUUCAAUAACACACACAUGAUGGACUAUGCACUGAAAGGAAGGGUUCCAGCACAGAUGAGUCCGAAGCGUGUUAACCACUGCAUGGAAAUGAGUGGAGAGAUGAGAGUAGCUUUGCGUUUCCUUCAGCAGACCUCUCAAAGUAAAAAGACACCACAAACUGGUGAGGUACAGAUCUGGGUGAAGGAAUGUAAAGAUCUGCCAGCCAGAGAAGGAGCCAUAGAUCCCUUUGUCAAAUGCACUGUGCUCCCAGACACUGCUCGGAAAAGCAGACAGAAGACCCGAGUGGUGAAAAGGACGGCAAACCCAGUGUUUAACCACACCAUGGUGUAUGAUGGUUUCAGGCCAGAGGACCUGAGAGAGGCCUGUGUGGAACUCACUGUGUGGGACCAUGACCGGCUCAAUAACCAUUUCAUAGGAGGCAUAAGGCUCUGCCUAGGAACAGGUAAAAGUUAUGGUAAUGUGGUGGACUGGAUGGACUCUAAUUCUGCUGAAGCUGGGCUGUGGAAGAGAAUGAUUGAAUCACAGAAUGAAUGGGUGGAAGAUGUAGUACCUUUGAGAAUGCUGGUUAUGGCAAGAACGAUGUCCAAAUAGUAACGGACCUAUUUAAGAAAACACAACCUGCAUAAAAAAUAAAUAACAGACCAAAUUGCAGAAUGUGCUUCUCCAUGACAAACAUAGAUUACUUAAUUUGGGAUAAAGUCAAAUACUAACACUGACUUAGGAAACAUGAGAGCUGCAAACAUGUAUAUUUCAUAUAUUCUUGUAAAAUAUAUUUUCUGUAUUUCCUGCUGAGUUAUAGGAUUGCAAUCAUGUGCAAUCAAGUGUUUAUACAUGUGUAAAUGAUGGGUCUGUAUUAUGUUAAAAUCCCUGUCAAGAAAGGUUGCAAAGAAUGGAACGGUUUUUGUUUUGACUGUGAUUAAUCUACAUAUGUUAAAUCAUUUAGGAGAAAUGCACAGUAAGGAUGUUGUUCAGAGGCCAAUUUUAUGCAAAUAAACAUUAAAUGCUGAAGUAACUAAACAAUAAAAUGCUGUUAAUUGAUGAUUAUGUUAAAUAAAUGUAUUUUUAGAAAUGCAAA